GCUGCAGACAUUCAUUUUGCCCCUCCCUUUCUCUUUCAGACUCCGGGCAGAGCUGGGUCUCAGAGCUCGGAUUCCGAUUCAUCUGCUGCUCCAGGAAAUGCCGUGGAUGUGAACAAUGAGGGCUCCUCUGAGGGAUUUAUCUGUCCUUUGUGUAUGAAGUCUCAUGGAUCAGCUGAGGAGCUGUUCAAGCACUAUGAAGCAGUUCAUAAUUCUGGCAUCGAUUCAACUUGUGGAGGGGAAGGUCACCUGUCAUCAGAAAGAGAUGAAGUAUCACUGCUCCGACAAGAAGUGCAAGACUUGCAAGCUUCACUGAAGGAGGAAAGAUGGUAUUCAGAAGAGCUGAAGAAAGAACUAGAGAAAUUGCAGGGGCAGCAGCAGCAAGAUUCUAAGUCUGAUGGAUUGACUACAUCUACAUCUACAGAAUCAUUAGAACGGCAACUAGAAGAGAUCCAAGUAGAAAAUUUUAAUAUUAAGCAAAUGAAAGACUUAUUUGAGCAAAAAGCAGCACAACUGGCCACUGAAAUUGUGGAUCUUAAAGCUAAGUAUGAUGAAGAAAUCAGCCUUCGGGAAGGUGCAGAACAGAAAAUGACAAACCUAACGCAGGAACUACUGAAGGAGAGAAGUACCAUAGAAGACUUAAAGACAGAGCUGCUACAAAGGCCUGGUGUGGAAGAUGUGGCUGUUCUUAAAAAGGAAUUGGUCCAAGUUCAGACACUGAUGGACAAAAUGACUUUGGAACGUGAGAGAGAAUCUGAAAAGUUGAAAGAUGAGUGCAAGCACUUGCAGGCAGAGCAGGCAAAUUCAGAGGCUACCAUUAAUCAGUUAAGAGCUGAACUUGCCAAAGGACCUCAGGAGGUAGCUGUAUAUGUUCAGGAGCUGCAAAAACUUCAAAGUUUAGUCAAGGAGCUAGAACAGAAAAACCAGAAUCUGACUGAGAAGCUGCUGAAGAAGGAGCAGGAGUACAGCCAGCUAGAAGAAAAACACAAUGAGCUAUCUGUGAGUAAAAAGAAUGUACAGGCAAGCUUUCACCAGAAGGACCUGGAUUGCCAACAGCUUCAGGCAAAACUGUCUGCAUCAGAAGCUUCGAUACAGAGAUUACAGACAGAGCUAGGUGAGAAGGGAGAAGCAAGCCAGAAGCUUAAAGAAGAAUUAUCCGAAGUAGAAACAAAGUACCAGCAUCUUAAGGCAGAAUGUAAACAGCUCCAGCAGCAGAGAGAGGAAAAAGAACAGCAUGGCUUGCAGCUCCAGAGCGAGCUCAGUCAGUUGCAUAGUAAGCUUCUAGAAACAGAACGCCAGCUGGGGGAAGCACAUGGGCGGCUUAAGGAGCAGAGGCAGCUCUCUAGUGAAAAGCUGAUGGACAAAGAGCAGCAGGUGGCUGAUCUUCAGUUGAAGCUUUCUCGUGCUGAAGAACAGCUAAAGGAAAAGGUGGCAAAUUCCACGGAAUUGCAACAUCAAUUAGAUAAGGCAAAGCAACAGCACCAGGAACAGCAGACGCUUCAACAAAACACGACAUCAAAACUUCGAGAAGCCCAGAAUGAUUUGGAGCAAGUACUACGACAAAUUGGAGAUAAGGACCAAAAAAUUCAAAAUCUUGAGGCCUUGCUUCAAAAGAGUAAGGAAAAUAUCUCUCUGCUUGAAAAGGAAAGAGAGGAUUUGUAUGCGAAAAUUCAAGCUGGUGAAGGAGAAACUGCAGUUCUUAACCAGCUACAGGAGAAAAAUCACGCUCUGCAAAUACAGGUAACUCAGCUGACAGAGAAGCUGAAGAAUCAAUCAGAAAGUCAUAAACAAGCCCAAGAAAAUUUGCAUGAGCAAGUGCAGGAACAGAAGGCACAUCUAAGAGCUGCUCAAGACCGUGUGCUCUCUCUGGAAGCCAAUAUCACUGAGUUGAGCAGUCAGCUAAAUGAAAGUAAAGAGAAAGUAUCACAACUUGAUGUACAGGUAAAAGCAAAAACUGAAUUGCUGCUUUCAGCUGAAGCAUCAAAAGCUGCUCAAAGAGCAGACCUUCAGAAUCAUCUGGACACUGCCCAGCAUGCACUGCAAGACAAGCAACAGGAGUUAAAUAAGGUCAGUGUUCAGUUGGAUCAGGUUACGGCUAAGCUGAAUGACAAGCAGGAAUACUGCGCUCAGUUGGAAGCCAAUCUCAAAGACUACAAAGAGCAACAUCUUUAUUUGGAACAGAAAACUGAAGAGCUAGAGGGACAGCUUAAGAAACUUGAGGCUGACGUUCUUGAUGCUAAAGCAAGCAAAGAACAAGCUCUUCAGGAGUUACAGCAACAGCGACAGCAGUCUACAGAAUUAGACCUCCGGAUAGCAGAGCUGAGUAAACAACUUGAAGCAGAAAGAGAAGCUACGUCUAGUGUUAAAUUGGAUUUACAGAAGAAAUCUGAGGCCCUUGAACAAGCAAAACAGCAAAUCUCAAAGCGAGAGGAGGAAAAUGCCAGCCUCAAAAAAAAUCUUGAGAAAUCAAGUCAAGAUACAAGUAAACAACUCAAGGAAUUAGACUGUAAAAUGCAAGCAGCAACAUCAGAGCUGCAACAGGUGAAAUUAGAGAAGGAUACUUUGGUAAAGGACCUUACAGCUACCAAAGAGAAACUCUCAAAAAAUUCUGAAUCCUUCAAAAAAAGGAAGGAAGAAUUAGAAAAAGAAAUAGAAAAAGGAAAAGCAGCUGUAGCAGAAAUGGAAAAAUCUUACCAAGAAGUAAAACAGCAGCUCCAGGUACAGACAGAGUCUGUAGCUAAAGAGAGGAAUGAAUUGAAAAACUCACUGGAAAAAAAGGAGGGGAUUUCUAAGCAAUUGUCAAUAGAACUUGACUCAACACGAGCGCAAGUACUGGAAAUUCAGGGUCUUCUGAAAGAGAAAGAGAACAGCGAGCAGCAUCUUCAGGGAAAGCUGAGAGAAAUAAAGGAAUCUUUUGAGCAGAAGAAAAAGCAUAGUGAAACGCUGCAAGCUGAAUUAAAAACUGCCCUUUUAGAAAAGGCAGAACUGGAGAAUAAACUGCAACAGCAGACUAUUUUGUCAGCUCAGGAGCUUAAAGCAGAGAAAGGAAAACUAGCAGACUUACAGAAGACCCAUGAAAAAAAUAAGGAAAACAUGGAAAAGCUGCAGCUGGACCUGUACGGGAAAGAGUCUGAGCUGUUGGCAACCAGGCAAGACCUUAAGUCCACAGAAGAAAAACUGGCUCUUGCUCAAGAAGAAUUAGUUUCCAGCAGAAACCGAAUUGCCAGCAAUAAUCAGCAGAUUCAGGAACUGAAGAAAGCAAAGUCAGCGCUGGAACAGGAUGCAUCAAAGAAGGAGCAGCAACUGGGCGAGAAGACCAAAAUGCUACAGGAUCUUCAGAAUGAGAGGAUUUUAAAAGAAAAAGACUUAGCUAAUGAAAAAUGUAAAACAACAGAGCUCCAGGAAAUAAGGAAUAGACUUGAAAAAGAAAGUGCCAAGCUGAGCGAAGAGCUUAGAAUCUGCAAGCAAGAAUUUGAGAAGGAGGUGGCAAAUCUCAAGGAUGCGAAACAGCUACUGAUUCAACAGAAAUUAGAGCUUCAGGGCAAAAUAGAUAAUAUGAAUUCAACUCUGGAACAGGAGAAGAAAAACCAACAAGCUGUCAAAGAUCAGCUGAAAAAGAGAGAAGAGGAACUGAAGAAAGAAUGUGCUGAAAUUGAAGCCAAACUGCACUCAGAGGUGAAAGAGAAAGAAGAAGAAAACCGGAAACACGAGGAGAAGGAGACCAAGCUCACCAUGCAGGUCACAGCUCUCAAUGAAAACCUGGCUACCAUGAAGAAAGAGUGGCAAAGCAGUCAGAGACGGGUUAGCGAACUGGAGAAACAGGCAGAUGAUUUACGUGGGGACAUUGCUGUCUUAGAAGCAACUGUGCAGAAUAAUCAGGAUGAGAGAAGAGCAUUGCUAGAGAGGUGUAUAAAAAGUGAGGGAGAAAUUGAAAAGCUUCAAUCCAAACUUGUAGAAAUGAAGAAAAAGCUGGACAACACUACUGCUGCAAUGCAGGAGCUAGGCCGAGAAAACCAGUCAUUACAGAUCAAACACACCCAAGCUCUCAACAGGAAAUGGGCAGAAGACAAUGAGGUACAGAAUUGUAUGGCCUGUGGAAAAGGCUUUUCAGUGACAGUGAGAAGGCAUCACUGUAGACAGUGUGGAAAUAUCUUUUGUGCUGAGUGCUCAGCAAAGAAUGCCUUAACUCCUUCUUCUAAGAAGCCUGUCCGAGUCUGUGAUACUUGCUUUAAUGACUUGCAAGGAUAACUGGUGUGAGUGACAAAGAAAUGUUACACUAAAAUUUAUUAUUUCUGUUAAUGCACUUCAUUCAGCACUCAGACUACUACUCAGUUUGGACAAUGAUUGUAACACUUGGCAAAAUUUAGUAUAUUUUAAAAUGUUUAUUGAUACCAAGUAAAACUAUUGUAUUUUUUGUGAGAUAUGGGCUCAGAUCACCCAAGCUUAUUGCCGUCUAUCCUGGAAAGAGCUUCUAUGUCUAGAUUAGAAAUACCCAGUUAUUUGUAAAUAAAGUUUAAACAGAGGAGUAACAAUGUAUUUUUUUAUCUUUAUUUUUUUUUUUCAAGAGAAAAUGCAUUUAUGUGAUACUGCAGUUUAUUCUUCUUUCCUUCAAAGGAAAAGGAAGAUGCAAAAACUUGUGAGGAUUUUGUGUAUCAAAUGUUGCUGUAAUAGCAUAACUCGUUGUUGCAUUUAAUUGUGUAUCUGAUGGUCUUUAUAACCCCGUGUGGUUUUGUUUUCUUUCUCUCUGGUUUUUGGACUUUUCUCUUUAAAGCUUGAACUCCACAGUGAGGGUUAAAUGGCUGGAAUCAACUCUCAGUUUUAUUUGCCCACUUAGAAUUUGUAGUGUCAGCACCUGAGUUCUUACCCAACUACAGAACUUGGAUACUGGAAUAUCUUUAUGCAUACUGUACUCAUAGUUUGCGUGUGUAUGCGUGAACAAAUGAUGAGGCCAAGUUUAGUGGGCAUUGUAGGAACAUUACAUGAAGCUCUCCCACAUGGACUGAUUUCACUUUUACAUAGUUGAUGAAUUGAUUUUAAUAUUUCAGAAACCCUUUAUAUGCAGGUUUUAAAAAACAGAGAGUGCAGAUAGUAGCCUGUAGUCCAUUUGUCACCAUGCCCAUACUUGGAAGAUCCAGGAAGUCCUUGUGGUUCUGAGGCAUGUCCUGAAAUUCCACACUAGGAAUCCUACUAAGGAAAACUCUCUUCAGAGGGUUCUGCAGUUAAGCUGAACUUUACUCCUGUCUCUUCCUUCACCUUUGGUGGAAAAAGCUGGUACUCCUAACAGACCUCAUUUUUCCAUUGUUCCAUCUGUCUUCUGUUGCUGAGGGUUCUUAAAUUGUAUGCUAGUUCUAUAAUUUACUCUGCUUAGAAUGAUGAUGCAAAUCUCCUGCUGCUGGCUUAGCUUUAAGCCAAACAGCUCUAAAUAAGCAGGUAGAUAUAUACAGAUUUAGAUCAUAGAUUCAUUGAAUUGCUUGGGUUGAAAGGGGCCUUUAAAGAUAACUACUCCAACCCCCUUGCAAUGGACACUAAAUCAGGUUGCUCAGAGUCCCAUCUGACCUGACUUUGAACAUUCCCACCAAUGGAGUAGCCACAGCUUCUCUGGGCAGUCUCUUCUGGUGUCUUACCACCCUUUGUUUGUUCAGAUUUUACUUUUCUGUACUAGCAAUGGAGGUUCCUGAUGCGUUUAUGUAAAUUCCAAAUCUUUUUCUUGUGUUUUUCUCUACGCUUGUGUUUGUUUCCUGCCUGUGUCUAACUGUGCCUCUCUUUGAAAUAAGUAUCUGGUGUUUGGCCUCAAAACUAUUAAUAUUAUUUCUUCUGAGCUAAGGUCAUCUCUUCUGAUACUUAGAGCCCCUUUGUCUUGAAUACUCUAAUAAAUUCCUUACAACCCAAGCCAUUCUCUGUCUGUGCUGGCUAUUUGGAGAUAAGGAAUAUGUCCUCAGUUCCGCUACUCCUUGCCUCCUAAGGUAAAGAAACAAAUUCUGUUACAGUGGUGGACAGUUAGCCAUCUUUAGGUAGGUUUGUUUACUUUUAUGUACUGACAGGUCUGUAUGUGAAUGAAGAAGAGAAUUUUGUGAAAAAUCUCCAGUCCUGACUCUGAAAUGAAAAGACUUCUUAAUCCCUCUUCCCCAGUAGUGAUCUAUGUUUCUUAUGUAGUUACCUAGUUCUGAAUUUGCAUCCUCAAGGAUUCUUUCUCAACAAGUUUUAUUAUUUCCCAAAAGCCAGCUGAGUUAUUUAACUGGUUCUCGCAACUAUAGAAGGGCUUGGAAUAAAAGCAUGAUAACAUGAAAUACUUACUAAGUUUUCUAGUUUGAAUUUGAGAGUUGCUUGCUUGAAAGAAGCUGCUGCUGCAAUGACUCUGUAUGAACAGAUCUUCUGGACUUGCUACAUCUCCUUGUCGUUGCAACUGCUCAAAAUAAGAAUUGUUUGAAUAGGAAGUAAGAGCAGAAUUUUGCCUCUGGUAAUUUCUUCUAUUUAUUUAUUAACUGAGGGAAUCCAGAAUGUUUGCUUUCAAGCCUUUCUUUGUCUGACAGGUGACUUCAGAAAUCUGGCAAUGGUAAAGAGAUUGGAGUCUUGCUCUAGUAUAGGUCUGGUAGUGAAACAGAUGGAGCCUGGUACUGCUUUCAGGGCAAAGGGCAAAAAGAUUAAACAGAAGGGAUUUUAAGAGUGAAGGCUGAAGCCUCCCACGACUGCAUGAAGGACAAAAUGUAUGUCAUAGAUGAAGAUGGAAAUCUCUCAGGGGAGCAGGGGAAGUGGUUAAAAGACUCACUUGUGUUCAGAUAUUUUAUUUUUGUAUGGGGAUGUUUGAAACCUGAAGAGAUGGCUCUACAGAAAGGAGAAAAUGGUAGAAGUUCUAAUAGAGUUGUUCUUGAUUUAACCUUUUGCAAUGCUUUUGUUUAAAGAAGUCACCUCACUCAGCUGGCAGCUGAAGCAGUGUGUUUGGUUGACCACAGGAUAACUCUUGAUGUGGAGUUCCCCAUCUUCAGGGUGAAACCAGCUGUUUCUUUUUGAUUUUUGGUUGCUUUUUGAUGACCAAUGACUUUUUGAGGGGACAUAAAUGUUUUUCAAAUACAUAUUUGCAGAAAAAUGAAUUGUUAAAAUCAGGAGGAACAGUGAGGCAGAAGCCUGCAUGCUCGAGGACUGAGUUUACAGCAAAGUCAGGAGUUCUACAGCUUUUCACUGGAGUACAUUUGUGUCUUCAUGCUAAAUCUUAUGCUCCUAUGCUUUUGCUAAGUGCAGAUCUGUAAUCACUGACGAAUUGAUGGACCAUAUAACGCUGUCAGCCUGGCUUUCAGGUUGGAAUCUGCGCUCAAGCUUGGGAAAAUGACCUAUGAGGAUUAUUAUUAUUGUAAGGAAAACUGGAAGUUGAAAAGCUCUGGAUUUAUAAAUCUGCUCAUAGGUUCUGUUACUGUGAUGGGUGUGUUUUCAGUAGGAAUAUGCUUUUUUUGUUAUUGUUGUUGCACUGUUUUAAAAGAGAAAUAAUAGGGAAAAGCCUAGUAAAAAGACUGGCAAGUUUCACCACACAGAGUUAAAGGACUCUGGACAAAGUAGUUGAGUGCACUGAUUUUUCUGACUACAAAAACAGAAGAAAAAAAAAGUAGGCAGAAGAAACUAGAACAUGGGAACCAGAGGACAUGGAGUGAUUUGCUUUAGCCUUUAGCAUGAACCUCAUUGCUCUUAUUCACUGAGGAGAGGCUGUAAUGGAGCAAGAUGCAGAGGGAAAAAAUGGUAAAAUAUAUGCUUGCAGAAGUAGGUAUGUGGGAUCCUCAAGCUGCCUUUGGUUACCAGCUAUUACUAUGGCAUCAGGAAUGUGACAGUGAGCUGUGGGUAUUUUUUUUCCUAAAACUGUGGAUUAAGCCUCCUCAGAGAGGACAUUCAGAAUCUUUGGUGGGAGCAGAAUGUGAAACACCAGCUGCUGCAUGGGCUGAGGCAAUCUAUGGAAGCAACUGAAAAAGUAUAAAGGAUGGUGGUGUUAAGGAUGGGGAAAGGUUCUUUUAGCUUUUAAAAGACAUUGUAUCUCUUCCUAAUCGAACAGCCAUGAUCCCUUGGGUUGUUGCCUCUAAAAUACCAAAUCAUACUGUUUUUAUUCCAGCCUCAUGUCAGCAAUACAUACUUCAUAUUUCUACACUGCAGUCCCUGUGGAGGCAGGAUGCGCUGUGGGGCUCAAUGGCAGGCUUUUGAUCUUAGGUGGAUAUGCUUCACUGUUGUUUCUUCUCCCUAUGUAUUCCUUCCCUCCAGUGACCUUUCUACAACGAUUUAACAAAGAAAAUAAGGCAGAGUCACAGUAGGAAAACUUGCUGUCUGCAGAUGAGGAGACGAAGGGAAAUUUCACUGCUGCUUCCAGCAGUGUUUUAGCUUAAAGUGCAUUUUUUUUCCUCUGUUUUUGAAAGGUGUCAAGUAACCAAGUUGUUGUAGAGUGUGGAGCACUAGGCUCACAAGAGCAAUUAAUAUUUUUGUUGGUUUUGGAACCAUCAGGAUUAUUUGUGAAUCUUCACUAGGGAGCUUUUCUUAGUGGAGGAAGAGGUGUUUGGGAGCACAAAGUAACCUUGCUGUGUUUGUAUUACAUUAGCAAGAAUAAUUGAACCUCAGAUACUAGAGGUAAGAAAAGUGACAUUCCUGAAGAGGAGACCUGGAAAAUUCAAGUAUUAUUCUGGAUUGUUAAAUGCCAGUUAAAUGGAAAGUUGUAGCAAAUGUUUUUUUGCAAAACUUAAAAAUUUAUGAUCAAUACUCAGUGUCAGACAGAAAACUGCUGGAGCUGAAGUUCAGAGCAUAAACUCUGCCAGGAGGGAUGACACAGAAGUUUAAGAAUGCGAAAACUGAUAAAUUACUCCUCCAGGGUACCACCUUUCCACACGCAUUCUUGUGGGACUAGGAAAUAACACUGUCAUUUGCACUAUGCACUUUUGCUGUCUAACUGAAUAUAAUCUGGGGUAAGUGGAAUGGCGUUGUUGGCAUUGCAUCUGUUAGCUGUAAUCAAUGGACAGAAGGUUUAUCUUCAGCUGGACUUUUCACUGUAUUACAUUUGGCCCCUUGCUAUGUAAGGAGAAUUGCACUCAUAAUUACUGUGUACCAAAAGCAAGAUCAUCUGAGAGCACAUGUAACAAGAAAAUUCAUGUAGUCACGCACACGUUGUCUUUGUAGAACUUCAUUUUAAGAUUAUAAAAUGAGAAUACGUGAAUUUUAUAUAUUUUCAAGGUUUUUGCCAGUUGUUCAAUUCAUUUAUGAAGCAUUGACCUCACUGUCUCUUCUAGGAUAAGUCUGAAAUUACUGUCUAACCACAGCCCCUCUCGAAAAGCAGUAAAUGGUGUACUUUGCAAAACCAGCAAUAAUUGGAUAAUGAAAUCCCUCCACAGAAACUCAGUUUUUCACUUUUUAUUUUUUUAUUGUUUAAGGGCACUGAACGAAGAGCUUUGCAUCUUUAGAGAGAGCAUUAGAUGCGUCUUAUGAUCACAAUAACAAAUAGGUACUAGUUAGUGUCAUAAACUCUGCCUUCGGUCUGUAGCGUGCCACAUACUAUGGACUGCUGUGCAGCAGAUACAGGAGUAUCAGAUCAAUUGAAGAUUACUGAAGCCCCACUAACACACUUGGAUCAGUGUUACGAUGAAAGUAGAAGCCUGGUAGUUACGUUUUCCAACCUUGCAUCCCCCUAUGACCUCAACUAACUAACUAACUAACUAAAUCUGUUUUCUGCCUUUUUUGGGUAAAGAGGGCUUGGAGCAGGGCUCAUUGUUAGAUGUCAGGCCGGCAGUGGCAGGCCCAGGCUCCUGCUGUUGGCUUUAUGGCAAAGUGCUCUGUUGUAUCACGCUGAGCCUUGAUUCCUGGCACAAGAGGGGUGUUUAGGAGAACGUCUCGCUGAGUUAGCAAAUACCAGAACUUUUUAUAUUUAUGUGUCCAAAAUGCUGCUUGUAUAGGAUUUGUCACUUUUGUAAGAAAAGAAGAAAAAAUAACAAAAAAAGAGUCAUAAAACCCCACCAUCCCCCAUUACAUAAUAUUUCAUUUGAACUACCUCUCAGCGUAAGAUUCAAACAUUAGGUAAGUUUAAUAGGGUUUGCUCACUGUCACAUUAUGUAAAAAUUAUAGUGAAUGCCAAAAUCGCAAAAGUUCAUCACCAAAAAAUAAUUAAAAAAAAAAA